AUGCGACCCGCUGCAGCCUUGGCCCUACAGAACAUCACCUUGCCUCUUCCUACCGGGACUACCAACCACAAUACUCCUGGACUGAUAUGUACGCCUACCGAAUGGACGGACCUUGCAGGCUUCUACCUCUUCAACUAUGUCGCGCACGCUGCGACUGUACUCACUCGCCCUGGAGAGCGAUCCUUAGAUUUUGGAGCUACCGUCCUGGGAUCCCUGCUGUCUCCUGCGCUGGGUUUGUAUCGAGGAAUCGAAGCGAUAUUCAGCGGAGCCGUCUUCUCUAAAGACCAUUUGCGAAAAGCAGCGAAGAGCUCGACCUUGUGCUGUGUCGUCCGAAGCAGCGAAUGGAGGCCGAUGGACGGC